ACCGACCUUCAAGCUUGUUUUCCCAUUUCGACGAGCAAACUUUCACCGCUACUAAGUGGGAUCAACACAAAACAGUUUUGCUUUUUCAAUUACUGACUGAAUGUAGGGUACAAUACACAUUUGCUAAAGCUAACCUAAAAAAAGAACACAUUCACAGACUUACACACCACAGCCCGGCAGCAGGGCACUCCUUAAUUAAUUUACAUGUGCCUGCUGAGCUAAAAAAAGAGCAUAAAUAACAUGAAAACCGAAUGCCAUGCAAAGUGUGAAGGUGCCGGGCCGUGCCCUGACAGGACAACACCAGGAAGUGGAGCAGCCAACAGACAACAGUCGCUCGUUUGCUGAAGAGUUCACGCGCGUGGAAAAAUGCUGAGUUUGGAAAAAUGUUUAGAAACUUUUACCAUUCAGUCAGACAGUGGAAGUCAGCGUAGAAAGUUAAAAUUGGACUGAGCGAUAGUUGUGAGUUUCGAGAUUUUGUUUUUCUAACGGCUGAGUUUACUACACACACACACCCACACACAUUGAAAUCGGAGACAAUAAAAAGACACUAUGGGUAAUAAAGUUGCCACAUUCACAGAACAACAAUUGGAUGACUACCAGGACUGCACAUUUUUUACGCGGAAGGAAAUUUUACGCGUUCACAAGCGUUUUCGCGAGCUGCGUCCGGAUUUGGUGCCACGCCAAAUGACGGAGGGCCAGGCGUCCAGUGUCAAGGUGCCGUGCGAGUGCAUUGAGAAGAUGCCCGAACUGCGCGAGAACCCCUUCCGGCGGCGCAUCUGUGAGGCCUUCUCGCGCGAUGGCCAAGGCAAUUUAUCCUUCGAAGAUUUCCUGGACGCAUUGUCCGUGUUCAGCGAGCAGGCGCCGAGGGACAUUAAAGUUUUUUAUGCCUUCAAAAUUUACGAUUUUGAUCAGGAUGGCUUCAUUGGUCACGGCGACCUCAUGUCUUGCCUCACCACCAUGACGAGGAACGAGCUGAGUCCAGAGGAGCAUCAACAGAUUGCCGAUAAGGUAAUGGAGGAGGCGGACGUGGACGGUGAUGGGAAAUUGUCAUUUCUAGAAUUCGAGCAUGUCAUACUGCGUGCCCCGGACUUUCUCUCCACCUUUCGCAUACGCAUCUAAUGUACCAUGAUAUACUAAUAUGCAGAUAUGACUCUGAGACGUUUUUUUUUCUAAAAAUACAAAUAAACACAUGCACACAAUUGUGUAUAUAAUUUGCAUACGUGUUGUUUAUACUGCAAUUUUCAGCAUGCUGCAUAUACAUAUAUAUAUAUAUACAAAAAGAUAAAACUUUAUGUCGAUGCUCUCAAUUGAAUUCGAGUACAAUAUGUGGAAUUUCGGAUUGAAUGAUUGACUUCGAUUGGAAAUGCAAUUGCUUAGGUAAUAUUUAUGAGGGAUUUCAAUAUGCAAGAACAAGAACAAGAGCGUAGAACACAUACCUAUGCUCAUUUAAUUUACUAUGAAAAUGUGUUUAUUUACACAUGAAUCAAUACUUCGGAGACUUCUUGAGGCCGGCAGAAAAUUUCAUUUAUUUGAAGUUAUUCUUAGAAUGAAGCGCAGCAGUUUGGAGA